UCCGUUCGCUCCCGACAGAAUCCCUUGUAUUCGUCCUCAAAAGUUUGAUAUCGGUUUCCACUGUGUGGACUUAGUGUUUUUAGUGUUCAGUGCAUGUUUUAAAGUGAUAAUCGUUGUCGGCCCCGUCGUUUUUCCCUGUUCACGCCGGUAUGGAGGCCGGAUGGGCCCGGAUGGUCCGCGGUGGAAGCGGGGGGAAGCCGAUUUUUUUGGUAUCGGUCAGAAUCGUUUUUUGCUAGCUGAGCAAAUUAUUGGUUAUUUUUCUUCUUUGUACGUCGUGGUCAUUGACCAGAAGCGAAAAUCCUCGACAGAAGUCGGCAAUGGGCGAAUGAUCCUAGCAGUCGAGCCCAACAUUUUUUUGUGAAACGCAUAAUUGAAUUGUAUUCUGUCUACAGUACAGGUUUAAUGGUUUACCCUUGGUAAUUGUGGCCUUCAUUUGUUAACCUAAUAAAAUUGAUAUGUCAAUAACUUUGGAUAUAAAAAUCAAAAGGGCCGAUAAAGUUUACCAUGAAGGGGAUGUACUGAACGGUGUUAUUGUUAUUUCAUCCAAUUCUGACUUUAAACAUGAUGGUAUAACUUUGACAGUAGAAGGCUCUGUGAAUCUACAAAUCAGUUCAAAAAAUGUUGGGGUACUGGAAGCGUUUUAUAGCGCCGUUAAGCCAAUACAGCUGCUCUAUAUUGUUUGUGAAGUAAGCGGUCCAGGCCGUUUGCCAUCGGGAGUUACCGAAAUGCCAUUUCAAAUACCAUUAAAACCUAAAUCAAAUCGGGUUUUUUAUGAAACAUAUCAUGGAGUAUAUGUAAACAUAAGUUAUGCUAUUAAGUGUGAUAUGAAACGGUCAUUCCUAUCAAAAGAUUUACAAAAAUGCCAACAGUUCUUGAUCCAAUACAAAUCAAAUAGUCCAAAUUGUCCACAGCUGCAAAUUAAAAACGAAAAGUCCAUUAAUUUUGAAAUGAGUCCUUCUGUAUUGACUUCUGGCAGGGCUGCUGUCCCAGAAUUUCUCCUUAAGGGAUUUAUAGAAUCCCUUUAUUGUAACAUUUCCAAGCCUUUUAAAGGGAGGCUCACUCUAGUAAGAUGUGCUGUUCCUGUGAAAUCAAUAGAAUUGCAGCUAGUUAGGGUUGAAACUUGUGGAUGUGCUGAAGGAUUUGCUAAAGAAGCAACUGAAAUUCAAAAUAUUCAAAUAGGAGAUGGAGAUAUUCCUCACAACAUAUUUAUUCCAAUUUAUAUGGUUUUUCCACGGCUGUUUACUUGUCCGACAAUAGUGACAACUAAUUUCAAAAUCGAAUUUGAGGUAAAUAUUGUGAUCGUAUUUGAUAAUGAUCAUCUGAUAACAAACAAUUUUCCUGUAAUUUUAUAUCGGGAAUAAGUAUAGAAAUAAAUACAUCAAACUAUACUUACUAUGUGUAUAUAUCAUUGUAGCAUUGGCAAAUACUCCAAAGAAAAAAAAAAGAU